AUGCAGAGCUGCGCCAAGUCCUGGGGGAUCCUCCUGGCCAGGUCGCUGAGUCCCGGCGGCGCGCCGUGCGGGCAUCUGCGGGACAAGAGCCGCGUGGUGUGGAAACUUCGGAGCGGCGCCCCGCACAGCUGGGCUGCUGCAUCCCGGGCUCUCAGGACGUCCGCGGCCGUCUCCUCCAGACAGAUCGAGAGAAUAUUACCCAGACACGACGAUUUCACAGAGAGGCACAUCGGGCCAGGUGAGCGCGAGAAGAGAGAAAUGCUGGACGCCCUGGGACUGGAGUCAAUCGACCAGUUGAUCGAAAACACAGUUCCAUCCUCCAUCCGCAUGCAGCGCAGCAUGAAAUUGGACGAUCCAGUGUGUGAGAAUGAGAUUCUGGAGUCUCUGCAGAAGAUUGCGGCACACAACAAAGUGUGGAGGUCCUACAUCGGCAUGGGCUACUACAACUGCUCCGUGCCUCCGCCCAUCCAGCGCAACCUGCUGGAGAAUGCAGGCUGGGUGACUCAGUACACGCCUUACCAGCCCGAGGUCUCUCAGGGUCGCCUGGAGUCCCUCCUCAACUACCAGACCAUGAUCUGCGACAUCACGGGCCUGCCUGUGGCCAACGCCUCGCUGCUGGACGAGGGCACGGCCGCCGCCGAGGCCAUGCAGCUCUGCCACAGGCAGAACAAAAGAAGGACCUUCUACAUCGAUCCACGCUGCCACCCCCAGACCAUCGCUGUGGUGCAGACCCGAGCCAACUAUAUUGGAGUGAAAACGGUUCUGAAGCUGCCUCACGAGAUGGACUUCAGCGGGAAAGACGUGAGCGGCGUCCUCUUUCAGUACCCGGACACCGACGGCAGGGUGGAGGACUUCACCACGCUCGUGGAUCGGGCGCACAAAGGAGGGGCCCUGGCCUGCUGUGCCACUGACCUGCUCGCCCUCUGCGUGCUGCGCCCGCCCGGAGAGUUCGGGGCCGACAUCGCGCUGGGCAGCUCCCAGAGGUUCGGGGUCCCCCUCUGCUACGGCGGCCCUCACGCCGCCUUCUUCGCCGUCAAGGAGAACCUGGUGCGCAUGAUGCCGGGCAGGAUGGUGGGGGUGACCCGAGACGCUGCUGGGAAGGAGGUGUAUCGUCUGGCCCUGCAGACCCGAGAGCAGCACAUCCGGAGAGAUAAAGCGACCAGCAACAUUUGCACUGCACAGGCUCUACUGGCCAACAUGGCUGCGAUGUUCACACUGUACCACGGACCCCAGGGACUCAAACACAUCGCUGAGAGGACUCACAACGCUGCCCUCAUCCUUGCUGAAGGUCUGAAGCGAGCCGGACACCGGCUGCACAGCGACAUGUUCUUCGACACGCUGAAGAUUAACUGCAGCGUCGCAGCCAAAGACAUCUUGGAACGGGCCGAGCAGCGGCAGAUCAACCUGCGAGUCUUCUCUGAGGGCGUGCUGGGGGUCUCUCUGGAUGAGACGGUGACUGAGAGGGACCUGGACGACUUGCUCUGGGUGUUUGGCUGCGAAUCCUCUGCUGAGCUGAUUGCCGAAAAGAUGGGCGAGAGGGUGAAAGGCAUUAUGGGAAGUCCUUUCAAGAGGACGAGCAAGUACCUGACUCACCAGGUGUUCAACAGUUACCACUCGGAGGCCAACAUCGUGCGCUACAUGAAGCGCCUGGAGAACAAGGACCUCUCCCUGGUUCACAGCAUGAUCCCCCUGGGCUCCUGCACCAUGAAGCUCAACAGUUCUUCGGAGCUCAUGCCCAUCACGUGGAGGGAGUUUUCCAACAUCCACCCCUUCGUGCCCCUGGACCAGGCGGAGGGUUACCAGAAGCUCUUCAGACAGCUGGAGAAGGACCUCUGUGAGGUGACGGGCUACGAUAAGAUCUCCUUCCAGCCAAACAGUGGUGCUCAGGGAGAAUAUGCUGGUCUGGCUGCCAUAAAAGCCUACCUGAACUCAAAGGGCGAGAGCUCAAGAAGUGUUUGUCUGAUCCCCAAGUCGGCGCACGGCACCAACCCGGCCAGCGCUCAGAUGGCGGGCAUGAAGGUCCAGGUGGUGGAGGUGGACAAAGACGGAAACAUCGACCUGGCACACCUCAAAGCUCUGGUGGACAAACACAAGGCCAGCCUGGCAGCCAUGAUGAUCACCUACCCGUCCACCUUCGGCGUGUUCGAGGAGCACGUCGGGGACAUCUGCGACCUGAUCCACCAGAACGGCGGCCAGGUGUACCUGGACGGCGCCAACAUGAAUGCUCAGGUGGGAUUGUGUCGUCCCGGAGAUUACGGCUCCGACGUGUCUCACCUGAACCUGCACAAAACCUUCUGCAUCCCUCAUGGUGGAGGAGGCCCCGGCAUGGGCCCCAUCGGAGUGAAGGCCCACCUCGCCCCCUUCCUGCCGAGCCACCCGGUGGUCCCCAUGCAGUCUGUCAACACCAGCAGCUCCCUGGGAACCAUCAGCGCUGCUCCCUGGGGCUCCAGCGCCAUCCUGCCCAUCUCCUGGGCGUACAUCAAGAUGAUGGGUUCGAAGGGUCUGCUCCACGCUACAGAGGUGGCCAUCCUCAACGCCAACUACAUGGCCAAGAGGCUGGAGGGUCACUAUAAAAUCCUCUUCAGAGGCAGGAAAGGUUUUGUAGCCCACGAGUUCAUUCUGGACGUUCGGCCGUUCAAGAAGACGGCAAACAUCGAGGCGGUUGACGUGGCCAAGAGGCUGCAGGAUUACGGUUUCCACGCUCCCACCAUGUCCUGGCCUGUGGCCGGCACGCUCAUGAUCGAGCCCACCGAGUCGGAGGACAAAGCCGAGAUGGACCGCUUCUGCGACGCCCUGCUGGGCAUCAGACAGGAGAUCGCAGACAUCGAGGAGGGCAGGAUGGACUCCCGCAUCAACCCGCUGAAGAUGGCUCCUCACUCUCUGGCUUGCAUCAGCUCCUCCACCUGGGACAGACCCUACUCCAGGGAGUACGCCGCCUUCCCCCUGUCAUUCAUCAGGCCCGAGACCAAAUUCUGGCCCAGCAUCUCCCGGAUCGACGACAUCUACGGGGACCAGAACCUGGUGUGCACCUGCCCGCCCAUGGAGGUGUACGAGUCCCCGUACGAGGAGAAGCGGGCGUCGUCGUAGACGCCGUGCGCUGCUCGGUCCCGAUGUCCACUCUGCUUUCCAGCCACUCAGACCUCACAGACGGCCGCUGCUCGGUGCCGGGGUCAGGUCCCGUUAACGGGCCGACCAGGGGAAGUCUGUGAGACUGUGGACAUCGGGACGGGGCUUUGCCUCACUGCUCCCUCCUCAUCGGGGUCAAUGAACUCAAACUUUUCCAAUGGACCAAAGGUGCGAAUCUUUUUUUUUUUUUUUUUUUACCUUUCCAUGUUAACAAGCGCACCCAUCGCCACAGAGGCUGUUCUGUAACACCUCUCUCUCGAGAAACUGGACGUUGAGCUGAGCUCAGUUAAUUUCUUGACUCCUACUACUGAUUUAAAAAAAAAAGAAAGAAGAGAAAACAAGACCUCAGUGCCUCUGUUCUGAUGUGUAAAAUAGUUGGCUUCCCCCCUUUCUUUCAUUCCAAAAUUCUGACAAACAAUAGAAGUUCUAGUUCUUAUAGACUUUUUUUUUUUAAUAUGUAUUCAAUGUGUGAAAAUGUUUAAUGUAUGUUGUGAUGUUUUCUUGACAAAGUAGAUGAGG